CAUGUUAAAAGGAAUCAGCUUUCAUGUUAAAAGGCGAAUAGGCACAGCUUCAAAACUAGUGACGACUUUUAACCAGCGGCCCAAGAAAAAAUUUAGUCUAAACUAUCCCAAGAGCUCGGUUGGAUUAUUCAACAUAUCAGAACUAAAUCAUCCUGAUGGCUUCAAGGUUCUUUUAGAUAGGGCUCAAACAAGGGUAAGGGAACUUUUCGAUGAAGCCAUUGCUCAAGACAGAAAGAGAAUACUAGUGGAAAUUUUUGAUGACAUGUCCAAUACAAUUUGUAAAGUAGCGGAUAUGUCAGAUUUUGUUAGAACAUGUCAUCCGAACUUAAAAAUGGCAGGAGCGGCUGACGAAGCUUUUAUGAAUUUGUCACGAUUAGUUGAAGAGUAUGGAUUGAAUACCAACAAAACAAUUCAUGAAGCUUUAAAAUAUACUCUAAAAAAUCAAGAUGUUAAGGAGUUGACUGAUGUUGACAGACGUGUCGGCUGGAUGUUUAUUAACGAUUAUGAACAAUCACUUGUGGCGGACGAUAAGAAGGCUAAAGAAUUUGUUGACAUUACAAAUGAAAUUUUGAGACUUGGUACUAAAUUUUCGCAGAACUGCGCUAUUCCCGUAGGCAUUCCUACCGAAUUUCUACCGAAAGAUUUAUUGAAUGUGUUUCCAAAGAAUGGAGGCCAUAGUCUUAUUACACAUCAGUAUUCUUUUCACCAUAAUGAAAAAGUAAGAGAGACUGGCUAUAAAUUAUUUUACGGAGAGGAAAAGUCCCAGUUGGAAAUAUUGGACCAAUUACUGCUGGCGCGUUAUAAAUUGGCUGAAGUAACAGGUUUCAAAAGUUACGCAGAGAGAUCUUUAAAUCAAACUAUGGCUCAAACUCCAGAAUUUGUUGAUUCAUUUCUACAAUCUUUAUCAGAAAAAAUACGACCAAAAGUCGACGAAGAAAUGAGAGAAGUUUCAAAAGCACAUGAAAAAAAUUUUGGUAGUAAAGAAGUUCAAGUAUGGAAUACCCAUUACUUGUGCAAUCAAAUAAGCCAAAUGAAAAAUAACUUUAAAGCUAGUGAGAUUGCUCCAUACUUGUCUUUGGGAACUUGCAUGGAGGGACUAAAUAAUCUUAUUCAGGAGAUCUUUCGAAUUAGUUUGAACGUUGAAGAUACAGAACCAGGAGAGAUUUGGCACGAGGAUAUUAAGAAAAUUGUAGUUAGAGAUGAAGAAAAUAAUGACUUAGGGACAAUAUAUUGUGAUUUUUUUGAAAGACAAGGUAAACUUCCUCAAGAGUGCCAUUUUACAAUUUGUGGAGGAAAAGAAAUGGCAGAUGGAACCUAUCAAAACCCAAUAAUAGUAGUUCAUCUUAAUCUCCCAAAAUCUAGUUAUCCAUGUCUUUUAAAUACGCAAUCCUUAGAAAAUUUGUGGCACGAAUUUGGGCAUGCGAUACACUCAAUGUUGGGAAGAACAUAUUAUCAACACACUACAGGAACUAGAUGUCCAUCAGAUUUUGCAGAAGUUCCUUCAAUAUUUUUAGAAAAGUUUGCAAGUGAUCCAAGAGUUCAAAAAUCAUUUGCAAAACACUAUGAAACAGGUGAAGAGUUAUCCGAGAAAAAAAUACUUAAUUUGAAUAAAUCAAAAAAAAUGUUCAGUGCAAUGGAAACGAACGAACAACUAUUCUACUCUAUGAUUGAUCAAGCUUACCAUGGACCACACCCUUUAAAAGGCAGUACAACACAAAUCUUACAGAAUAUUAUGAAAACAUACUAUCAUCUACCUUUCGUUAAAAACACCGCUUGGCAGGGAAGAUUUAGUCAUCUUAAUGGCUAUGGUGCUAAAUACUAUGCAUAUAUUCUCUCCAGAGCUGUAGCAGAAUCAAUUUGGCAAGAAGCCUUCGAAAAAGAUCCUUUUAGCCGAACUGCUGGAGAAAGAUAUAAGAAAAAAAUCUUAGUUCAUGGGGGAUCACGCCCGCCAUACGACUUGGUAAAAGAUAUGCUGGGUUCAAAUAUCAACAGUUCUACUCUUGUUAAUUCACUUUCCAGGUCAUUUGAACGUUGA